AUGUGUUUAUUACAAAAUGCUAAAAGUGUUAUAAACUUUUUGAAAUGUACAAAGUAUGAUGAGGAUUUCUUUUCAGGCUGUUCAUUAGGCUUCUACGGGAAGGAGUGUUCACAGAUCUGUCACUGUAGAAAUGGGGCUUACUGUGACCACAUCUCUGGAAAAUGCACGUGUCGCACUGGCUAUAUGGGACAACAUUGUGAACAAAAGUGUCCCCAUGGACACUGUCGUCAGGGCUGUAACUGUCUAAACAACUCCACAUGUGAUCACAUGACGGGAACAUGUUAUUGCAGCCCAGGGUGGAAGGGAGUGCGAUGCAAUGAAGGUGGUGUAGUGGUGUUUGGAAGCUUCAACAAUUUGACCAGCGCAUCCUUACACGUAGACACCUACCAGAUAGGAGUCAUUUCAGGAAUCAUAGUUCUAGUGUUUUUGGUACUUCUUGCCCUGCCCCUAUUCAUCAUCUACCGAAAUAAACAGAAGAGUAAAGAGGCUACAAUGCCAGCUGUAAUCUACACUCCUGCUAUCGGGAUCACAUCUAAUUACACUAGAGCAGAUACUUACACUCCAUCAUAUGAAGCCCACCCCAGCAACUACUUCUCCAACCCCAGUUACCAUACCCUUACCCAAUGCAUCAGUAUGCCUCAUGUCAAGGGUGGUCAAUGUGCAAAGGCUGGUAGCAAUCUAUUUCCUAACAUGGAGAAUGUGGCUCUUGGUGCUCUUACUGGAACCAGGCUUAGCAACUGGGAACAAGGGGUCCACUUCAAUGAACUGGGAGCCUGUGGAGUUGACAUGACUUGCAUUGGAAAAUCACUGCAAGACAUGGUAAAGGGUGCUGACUAUCUUGCAAGUUCCUCUUCUCUUGUCAGCUCUGAAAACCCAUAUGCCACAAUAAAGGACCCCCCCUCGCCAACAUCCAAAAACACUGAAAGUAGCUAUAUGGAAAUGAAAUCACCCACCAGGAGAGAUUCAGCAUAUGCAGAAAUUAAUGACACCAGUCCGACUAAUAGCGAGAAGGUUGAUAAAACUGAGAUGACUAUCAAAACCAUCCAACCCACUGGAGUAAGCGACACCCAUCUACAGUUUGGAAAGGAGUCAACUGACCAGGCAAAAAACAACCACUGUGAUUGUGACACUCUGCCACCCACAGAAAGUUUUUUGUCAGAGACCAAGGAGGUGGAUUGUGAGUAAAGGCAAAGAAACUCAGAACCAAGACCAGCUCUCAAGUACUGUCUUUGGCUCCAGCAUUAAAUAAUCAUUAUUAAAUAUCCCUGGAGUAUAUAUUAUUGUUAUUAUUAUUAUUAUUAUUAUUAUUAUUAUUAUUAUUAUCAAUAUCAAUAUGUCUGGGCUCAUUCCUUCUAUCACAUGGAUCUGAGAUAGAAUAGAGUUCUUUAUGUAAAGGAUUUAUGAUGAAAAUCUUUCCUUUGUAUUUUUUCACAUUUAUUCUUAUUGCAAAAUGUAUAAAUUU